GGGUGCAGGGGAGAUAUAAAGGUGAGGGAGCCGAGCUCAGGUAAGACUUCCCCUUGUGUCUCUCCCUGUGUCUCACGUAGAGCAAUCAGUAUGGCCGUCUCCAGCCUCCAAUACACCAUGGGAAUCUCCAGCGGAUUUAAAGUCUAUAUCCUGGAAGGGCAGCACAGUUCCUGGGAUACAGAAAGGCUCCGGCCCCUGAACAACCAUGGGAUCCCAGUUUAUCCAAUCAAACGCAAGCUCAGCCCAGACCCAACACGGAUUACCAAGAGAAUGUGCCCCGUCAGCCCACCCAACAGGGUAAAGGUAACCCUUCCUCCCAUGAAUUUAAGGGCCCAAGCUGGAGCCCCUCCACUGAAGAAUAGCAGCCCCCAUUUAACCUUGGAGCAGGUCCUCAGAAGGUUGAUGCCAGCAAAGAGUCAUUUGGAGAGACCAGAACCUGCUUCCAGCCCAGAAGAACAGCCGCUGGCACUGGUGAAAAGGGUAGUGAAGCCCAGCGAGCAAGCACAGCUCUCCCCAGCCCUCCUACAGCAGAUGCGCCCAUCCGUCAUCACUUGUAUCUCCAGACAAAAGCCAGUGGUCUCUCUUCCUACAGAAGCGGCAAAUCCAUCAAGGGCCUGUGUCACUAAAGGUCUAUCCAAGACGCCGUUGUCUGACGUAGAAGAACACUUCCAGAGAAGCCUGGCCCACAAGUGCCCAGUGGUUCCUCGUCCAACCCCAACAUCCCAGUCCAGCAGCAACAUCUCCGUCGAGGACCAUUUCUCCAAAGCUCUGGGCUCCAAGUGGCUGUUAAUCCGUGCGGCGGCCGACUCUCCCUCUUCCCCGGAUGGGCGGAGCAAAAGUCUUUUCUAGGCUCUCUCUGGUCAGCAGGACUGUAAAUAGACUUGUACAGUGUAAAUAUAUUUAUUGGGACUUGGGUCGGUGGCGUUUAUAUGUGUUUGAUGAGGCCAAUGAUUGUACAUAAGGAAAUUCUAUACCUCAGUCAUUUAAAUAAAUGAAGAAAGUGA